CAUCUAGCAUCUCGCGACUUCUCAGAAUUCUAAAGAGAAUCCAACUUCAUCACCUCCCAUACCAAAACCUACACCACCAAGUUCCCAACCUCUCCCACCGUCCGGGUCUUCGAAAAAGCCAAAAUGCCUCCACGACACCAAACCCUUCCCCCCGCCCAAACCUCCUCAGCCCGCGAGGCCUUGCAAUCCUUCUACUGCCAGCUCUGCGCCAAGGGGUACUCGCGCAUGAACGACUACGAAGCCCACCUCAGCAGCUACGACCACAGCCACAAGCAGCGGCUCAAGGACAUGAAGGCCAUGGUGCGCGACCCGACCGCCGCGGCCCGGGCAAGGCGUCAAGAGCAAAAGGCUCAUGAGGGCGCGGUCGUGAGUAUCAAGCUUGGAGACUCUGCGGCGGCGGGUGACACAGGAGGGGGAGGGGGUGGCGGGUUUAAGAAGGGGGGUUUUAAGAAGACGGGGUUUAAGGUUUCGGCUUUUGUGCCUGUGGCUUCUGGGAGUGGUGCGGGUGGAGGUGGGGGUGCUGUUGGGGGGGCGGAUAGUAAGGGUGAGGGUGGGAACGGCGAUGGUGGUGGUGGUCUGAAGAGGAGUGAAGCUGGGGUAGAUGCGGUGAGGGCGACUAAGAGUGAACUUGUGGAAAGCGAUACCGAGGACGAAGGGUACGAGGUGUACGACCCGCGGAAACCGACCGAUUGAAGAUGACCUGUUCCAGCGCGAUCGGUGUUGUGUGAGUGAUGGUUUACUUGAUUUGGGUCGCGAAGCGUUGGUACCUGUCCACCACGAGGACGUGGCAGCACUACGUGAUUACAGUACCAUUGCCGGCGACUGGAGGAAGGCUCACCAAAAACUUGCGCGGAGAACCCGAGCGUAACGCUGCAAUACUCUGAGAAGGAGCGGAACGUCCCUUGCCUUCAAAUUACAUUGUACAGCCGAAUUCCCAACGCCCAAACGCCAGUUUCUCGACUCUUAAACCACGCUAUCCACUUCACUUACUGACCGUCUCCCAUA